AGUGUUAAUUUUUAAAGUGCAAUAAUUAUUAAUUUCCUAAUCUUAUUUAUUAAAAAUCGCUAGCGCCAUCCAUUAUUCUGAUUUUCCUUUGAAUCUGUUUUAUCGACAUAAGUUUUGCUAAGUGCUGUCACUUCUUUACAUAACCAAAGCGAAUAAGUUAAAAUCGGAGCUGUGAAAUCGAAAUAAUUGUUAAAAUGUCUGAUAUAGAAGAACAUUAUGCCAUAAAAUUGUUAACAAACAAUUUCAACCGGGAACCUUCAAUAGUUACAAAAUGGGCUAUACCUGUAUCGUUCGCAGGUUUGGCUUUUGUUGGAACUUGUGUGGCUAAUAUGCUGACUAAAAAACCAAUGAUGUCAGGCAUUCAGAAACACAUCCUUCUGACAGCUAGUUUUGGUGGAUUUGGUUAUAUCGCAGAUAAAUAUCGUAAUGAUUAUUAUGCAGAAAGAGAUGCUAUGUACCGACAUUAUAUUUCUUUACAUCCUGAAGAUUUUCCAGAACCAGAGAGGAAAAAGUAUGGUGAUCUAUUUCUACCCUGGACACCUAUUCGUUAAGAAAAUUGUUCUGCACUUAUUAGAUACAUAAUCCAAAAUGUAAAUAUAACACAAAUAAUUAUAUUGUACUAAUUUAUACAAUUCAUUAUGUAGAAACUUAUGAUGAAUAAAUAAAUGGCUUGAUUUAGAGA